AUGGCUGUGGAGCUGGACGUGUUUGUGGGUAACACCACGAUCAUGGACGAGGAGGUUUAUCAGCUCUGGUUGGACGGAUAUACAGUAAACGACGCGGUGAAGUUCCGAAUGGAGGGCGGAGCGCUGGAAGAGUGCGAGGCCAGCGCGGACGUGCUGCUGAGCGACACCAUGGACCAGUACAGAACCUUCCAGAUGUGCGAGCGUCUUCUGCACAGCCCGUCCAAACUGGCUAAUCAGUUGCUCUUCCAGAUCCCGCCUCAUCGACAGGCCGUGCUCAUCGAGAGAUACUACGACUUUGACGAUGCCUUUGUGCGUGAAGUCCUGGGCAAGAAACUCUCCAAAGGAACCAAGAAAGACUUGGACGACAUUAGCGCCAAGACGGGCGUAACUCUCAAAAGUUGCAGACGGCAGUUUGACAACUUCAAGCGUGUUUUUAAAGUGGUGGAAGAGCUGAAGGGCCCUCUGGUGGAGAACAUACGUCAGCAUUUCCUUCUCUCGGACAAGCUCGCAAGGGAUUACGCGGCCAUUGUGUUCUUUGCCAACAAUCGCUUUGAGACUGGGAAGAGAAAGCUGCAGUAUCUCACCUUCCAGGACUUUGCUUUUUGCGCCGGGCAGCUUAUCAACAACUGGACCGUCGGCGCCGUGGGUGAGAAAAAUCCCUCCCAUCCAGAUAACAUGGUGGAAGACAUGGACGUGGAUCUAGACAAAGAAUUUCUCCAAGAACUGAAAGAACUGAAGAUUCUCAUUUCUGACAAGGAUCUGCUGGAUCAACACAAAAGCUUGGUGUGCACGGCCCUCCGGGGGAAAACCAAAGCUUUUCCUGAGAUGGAGGCCAAUUUCAAGAAUCUUUCCAGAGGCCUGGUGAACAUCGCCGCCAAGUUAACCAACACCAAAGACGUCCGCGAUUUCUUCAUCGACCUCGUGGAGAAGUUCAUCGAACCGUGUCGCUCGGACCGAUGGACGGCGGCGGACACCAGGCUCUACUUGACUCACUACGCCAAUUCCGCACACAUACUGGACACCUUCAAACAUCAAGCGGUGUGGGACAGAUACAUGGGCGUCAUCAAAAGCUGCGUCUUCAAAAUGUAUCACGACUGA